CAAAACACACAGUCACACACAAAAAUCAUCUCUUCUUCUUCGCUUUCUUCCUCCCAAUGAAAAGCUAAAGCAAAAAGCUUUUGAAGACCAAAGAAAUUGAAUAAAUAAGGGCCCCCAAUGGCGUUUGUGUUGCCUAAUCUUUCUCCUUCCCUUCUCCUUCUUCAAUCCAAAACGUGUUCCAAAGAAAAACAACACUUUCUACCACUAGUUUUUGCCCAAACUCCGAGACUCAGCUCCGAAACUCUAAGUGUUCAAUCCACAACACUUCAAGGCUCCCCGGUUAGCUCUCCUUCACUGCAUCAGGACAAGCUCGACCAAUCCCAACAACAAAGAGAUGAGUUUUAUGUCAACCUUGGACUUGCUGUUCGGACUCUUCGCGAGGAUUUGCCUUUGCUUUUCACCAGAGAUCUCAAUUAUGAUAUUUACAGGGAUGAUAUUACUUUUUUGGAUCCUUUGAAUACAUUUUCUGGUAUCAGAAACUAUAAAUUGAUCUUCUGGGCAUUGAGAUUUCAUGGUAAAAUAUUGUUCAGAGAGAUUUCCCUUGAAGUUUUUAGAAUUUGGCAACCUUCUGAGAAUGUCAUAUUGAUUAGAUGGAAUUUGAGAGGUGUCCCUCGAGUUCCAUGGGAGGCCAAGGGCCAGUUUCAGGGCACUUCGAGGUACAAAUUAGAUCGAAAUGGGAAAAUCUAUGAGCAUAAGGUUGACAAUUUAGCAUUUAAUUUCCCACAGCAGCUUAAGCCUGCUGCCUCAGUGUUGGAUUUAGUUGCUGCCUGCCCGGGUAGUCCUAAUCCAACAUUUCUAUGGGGUCCUGUGGAUACGUAUCCCUCUUCUUGGGUCGCGUUUUAUCGUGCAGUUAGGGAGACACUGGAUCGAGAAGGAUAUUUGCUCUCGCAAGAUGGUUUGGCUACUUGUUCAUAGCCUGAAUCACUACACGCUUCAUAUAUAUGUGGUGAAAUUUUAUACUAUAUACUUGUAUCAGCACAUUACAUUUUGUAUAAUGGAUAUGGAAAUAGCCGGUAUAAGUUUUUUUCCCCCAAAACAUACGGUGUAUGUACAUAGGCACAAAUGCUGGAGGUUUCGUUUCAUGUAACCGUUGAGUUGCCAGAGGAAGAGAUGCUUGCGCGUAUUUGGUUCAUGUCAGUUCUUACAAGUCAAUUUGUAUGUAUACACGAUCUUAACCUAUUAGUUUAAGUAGAAAUUAUAUAUUAGCUUUGUUA